UUUCCGGCAAACUUGCGUGGGCAAUUUCGCGUUGUGUAACAAACCUUACCUUUCUUUGGAUACUAUAUAAAACGGAUUCCGUGGUAGUUUCUAGUGUUAAGGCGGCGAUUUGCUUGGGAAAAACAGCGCGGGGAGGAAAUGGAGCACUCGGUGAAGGUCAUACGAGAUGUAGGGUGCAAAUCAUUGCGAAAAAUGCUAGUGAGCUGCCAGUUCAGCGAAAAUCAGUACAACGAACGUUAGUAAGUAUCUUCGACGAUAGGAAAAUGGAAAGCUCUACAUUGUACCUGGUAUCCCCCGCAAAUACUACGUUCGCGUCGAGGGAUGCUGAUCACAUUUUUCAAGGGUCUACCGCGCAGUCUAUAAUAUUCAACCAGAGCCACAAGUCAGUGAAGGACCUCGUUUUCAAUGGAACUGGCUAUUACAUUGACGACGAAGGGGAAUCAAUGUUUAGCGAUAUCCAGACUUUGAUCCUGGCUUGUUUGGCGACCCUCGCACCCUUGAUCGUCUUACUUUUCACCGUUUUUGGAAUUAGGAUACUGUGGAUGAAGUACAAGAAGCGAAAAAAACACGCCCAAUACGAUGGCAUGCUACGUAGAGAAGAAACGUCGGAGUCUGUAUCGCGGCCGUUGCACACCCAUCUGAUGAGCGACAAGGGUUCUGACGACACCCACUUGGCCAUUAGUACCGAAGAAGUACUGGUUUGUGAAGAUACUCAAACCAGCGGCCAUCGUAACGCAAAUGGAAGUAUAAUAACCAUGACACUAAAGAACAACCACUUAAUAGUGGAAACCGAGGAGAGAAACGACAUCGAAGAAGAUAGCAGGGAAACAACAAUGAGAUACUCCCCGAGUGCGAGGGAUGGGGUUUUCGUUGUGGAGGUUCAGCAGGGCAGCAGGAGAAGUCCUGGAUCCGGCGGCCCGACAGAAGCAGAAAGAUCAGGAUCGACGAGCGAUCAGUGUGCGUUGAUACACAAUCCACCGGAAAGGUACAGCGACGACGAAACAUUGGAAGAGUGCGACGACAGCGAGUAUUACGUCGAAACUGUUUCUCCGGAGCGUUCGAUAGACCCCAAGACCGGACUGUCUCAGUCCAACACUAGUCUCGGUUCGCUGAGGCAGACUUACUGCUAUGGUAACCAGCAGUGCUACGACCACGGCAGCUAUGGUUACGGGGUUUACGUGGGCUACGCCAACGAAGAACCCGUCAAGAGCGUCGUGGUGACUGCAGCCACCACGAAACCCAAGAUUACAUCCGCCAUCUACAAGAACAAAAGCGCCAGCGUUGAUGUAGCAUCGUUGAGACUUAACGGCUUCAAUGAUAAGAAAAAUAGUAGUCUGGACCACGUAAUGGAGAGCUACGGGUUGGAAGGUUUCGGGUCAUGUGUGUGCAGUGUUAAAAUUGUAGAGGGAGAUGAAGGAAGGAACAGUUAAGGAAAGUUCAAGAGAAGUGCUGGACGAUAGUCCACAAACAAUACGUUACCUGUCUAUGUUGUCGGUGUUAAAACGGUCUUAAAAAUCAAAAAUGUCGUACGCGCUUUUGAAACAGUAUCGUCGGAGAUCAAAAGGACCCCUCACUUUUUUUUUGCAAAAUGGCUUACGGCCAAUUUUAAUACAAAAAUAGUCGUUUUUCUUCCUGUAAGUUGGGUGACGUUGAAUUUUAAUAUUUUUUAAUAAAAACUUUUCUUUCUUGACAAAAUUGUUAUGAGAAACUUUUACUUAUUGUAUGGUCUCAAAAUUUUGAAUGAUAUAAGGUGUUUUAAAUUACGGGGAAAUCCCUGGAGUAUAGAAACAUAUACAUAUAUAAAUACAUACCUUUGUACAAUGUUUAUUUAAGUUUUCAAAAAACUUCCACAGGCUACAGUGACAU